AUGCUUGAAAGAACCCUGAAGAGACGUUUUCCUCUAUGCCUUUCGUGGCAAUGGCUGCAAUUAUUGUUGCUGUGUCUUUGUCCUUCCGUGACGGUUCUUGGCCAGCAGUGCUUUGAUACGGGAGAUUGUCUGGAUCCUGCUGUUCUGGAAGAUUCUCACGACGCCGUCACAGAAAGUACUACUAGUAGUAGCGACUCCUCUAGUAGCAUUCCCGACGUGCUGGUGUUGCUGUGCACCCAAUCGUUUACUGGAGAGCAAUUGGUGGACGAGUUUUUGGUGGAUGCCCUGGCCGGUCAGAACAAUGUUCGCAUCCAAUUGGUCGAUGAAGCCGGCAUUGAUUGGGCUUGGAAGAGUGACGACCAACAUCAUUUGUUGGACGAGACUGAUCAGUCCACCACACAGUUGCUGCUGUCUCAUCGCGCCAAGAGUAUCCUCUUUGUAGCAUCCACCUACGGAGAUGGAGAUCCACCCAAUCAUGCCCUUGAAUUUGCCGAUUGGUUGCUCUCUUCUGCUACUAGCACUACUACUAGUAGUGAGGAAGAAGACCCCAUUCCCUUUGCCGUCUUUGGAUUGGGCGAUCACGCAUAUCAACACUUUUGCAUCUUUGCCAAACUCAUUGACGAGACGUUGGCUCAACGAGGAGGACGACGAUUGUUGCCACUUCAAACAGCCGAUGCCCAACAAGGAGAUCAAGCCGGACACUUUGCCCAGUGGACUCAACAAAUUGUGCAAGUACUGCAAGACCAGCAAAUACUAGCACCAGCUCAAGCUUCUUCCAAACAAACUCAAUCACAACAACAAUGGACCGUUCCCUUUGCAUCCACCGGAAUGGACUGGCGCAAAUCCAACCGCGAUCCCACUUAUACCAAUCUUGCCACCUUUCAUAGUGCUACUGAAUUGCUAGUAGAUGACAGCAACAACAGCAACCGAUCCGUGUUGCACGUCGAAUUUCACAUUCCCAAAAGUACCUGUCAACCACUCCACGUCUGUCAACAGUUGCAACCCGGCGAUCAUUUGGGCAUUUAUCCUCGCAAUUCCCGACACACCGUCCAAACGGCGUUGCAAUGGUUGCUCCUGGACGACCAUAAUAAUUGUCAAACCACACUGGCCAUUCGCGACAAUGACAACAACAAGUGGAUUCCCCACCCGAUUAAUGCCUACGACUUUUUGGCUGCUCAUGUGGAUUUGGCGGGACGUGCUACUCCGUCGGCACUGCGCGCCUUGUUGCCCUUUGUGGGGACACUCGAAUUGCGGGCGUUGGCCAGGGAUUUGACUCAUGUCAGCACCACUGCAACAACAAGCAAUGAUACCACGAAUACUACAACGACUACCAAUACAACUCUGACUCUAUUUGACCAGUGGCUAGCCGCCCAACAAAAUCCGUUCAUGACCAAGUUGGAGUUGGCCAUGGUCUUUGAAUGUCGGCCGUCUCUGCAGGCAUUGGCAAGGGCGCUGGGACCCAUUCAACCGAGACUCUACUCGAUUGCCACUGUCAAUCAACAUGACGACAGUACGCUGCGCAUUGGUAUUUGCAUGGCCGUGGCCGAACGGGGUCUCGCCACCAAUUUUAUCGCCCACAUGGCACCGUCCGCUCUGGUGGCGGUCCUUUUGCGACAAUCCAAGUUUCAUUAUGGCAGCACAAGCGAUCAUGUCAACAGCAGUACCCUCUUGGUGGCGGCGGGGACGGGAAUUGGACCCUACAUUGGCUUUUUGCAACAGCAACAACAACAACAACAACAACAACAUCCCAGCAAUGCACCCAUUCGUCUCGUCUACGGGGCCCGCUAUCCGUCGGAUGUGCUCUAUCGAAACGAGUUGGAACAGUUAUUACUAGCACGACCUGCAGGAUUACUUUUGCCCUUGGAAGCGCACGUGGUCUUUUCACGAGUCCCACCGCGACAACACGUCCAAGAUGUGCUUCUUCAACCCAACAUGACCGCGGUGCUGUGGAAGGACGUCUUUGUGGAGGCGGGGCGGGUAUUUGCCUGUGGCGAUUGA